AUGAAAUCUGACGAACCCACCCAUCAUGUCUGUGAAGAAUGUGGCAAAGUCUAUAGAUCACUGAUAAAACUAACCGAACAUCAGUAUACUCACAAACCGCUCGACGAAUAUCCCUACCAUUGUGAUGAACCCAAUUGUGGUAAGGCUUUUCGUACUAGCUGCGGUUUUCAGGAUCAUAAAUUACGACAUGCGGGAAUUAAAAAUUUCCAUUGCCAUUUGUGUGAUAUGAAGAAGACGAGUAAGAAGGAAUUAGCCAUUCACAUAAAUUAUCACACCAAAGAGAAGAAAUAUAUUUGCUCGAAAUGUUCCAUGGUAUUUUAUAGUGCCAAUGAUUUACGUACCCACGAUAAGGUGGUACAUUUGAAAAUUCGCCGUUUCACCUGUAGCUAUUGUAACCAUCAAUUUGCCAAGAAAUAUGCUCUAAGGAAUCAUGAAAUGCGUCAUACGGGAGAGAGACCAUAUGUUUGUAAGGAAUGUGGUAAGGGUUUCAUACAACUUGUUUCACUGAGGAGUCACAUGAAAUCGCAUAACGGUGGGGGAGGGAGUGUUGAGGGUGAGUGCAAAACACAGGAGUAUUCAGUAAAAGAAAAUGAAUAA